AGAAAGAAAAAGGGAAGGUGGGAGAGAGGAGGAAGAGAGGGUUGGACAAAACAACACGAGGAACGACGUAUUCAUUAAACUUGACAAAUUGCAUCGUGAUGGGAACGUAGUGGUAUCGAUCACAAUGCCGAGCCCAGCCCUCUUUUAUUCUUACUAUCGUUUCCAGACGAAUUCUCCAAUUGCGAGUAUUACAAUUGGGAUUACGAAGAAUUACGACAAAUGGGUUAUGACAGUGCUUUAGAAAAGAUAAAAACCUAUAAAAAACCUGAAACCAUUCUUUGCGAACAUUAUAAUUAUGAAAUAGAAUAUGAGAAUUCAUCUUUCGUGCCGGAGUGGAAUAUGAUCUGUAGCCGUUUAGCGAUGAAAGCUACGGUUCAAACUGCAGUAUCUAUCGGCAAAUUUGUCGGUGCGUUUGUCUUUGGAGUGUUAGCUGAUAAGUAUGGUAGAAGGAUAACCUUUCUCCUUUCUUGUUUGAUAUAUAUUAUCACUGGACCAGCCAUUGCCUGGACACAUUCGUAUCUGAUCAUGUUGAUCUGUAGAGUUGGUCUCGGAAUAGCUGGAAUCGGCGUCUACCAAGCAGCUUAUUCGAUACUAAUAGAAAUAAGUCCACCGAAGAUGCGUUCCACAUUAGGCGUGAUGUUCAAUGAGAGUUACCCACUUGGAAUGAUUCUGAUUGCCAUCAUUGCAUAUUAUGUCAGAGAAUGGAGAUUAUUGCAAAUAUAUAUUUCUAUGCCGUCGCUCAUUCUGAUUUUGCAUAUGUUAGCUAUGCCGGAAAGUCCAAGAUGGCUUUAUUAUUCAAAUCACAAAAACAGUGCUUGGAAAAUGAUGAAAGAAAUAGUAACACCUGAGAAACAAAAAAUGAUUGCUGAAAGACGAAUAAGCAUGGAAUAUAAACAGGAAAAAACUUCUCGUUAUAAACAGUGGAAAACAAAUCUUCAGAACAUAAAACACACUCAGAUAAGUGUGAGAUUAAUUUUAUGUUGGUUCAUUUGGUGUUCUACGUCUUUGGGGUAUUACGUAUUAUCGAUAACCUCUGGCCAUUUGAAGAUAGACCCAUACCUUUACACUGGACUUUCCGGUAUAGUUGAAGGACUCAGUUAUAUCAUAGUUGUACCUAUGUUACAAAUAAUUGGUAGACGGAAUACAUCAUUCAUUUUACUUCUAUGUUCAUCCAUGUCAUUUACGAUUCUUCUCUUUAUAUCAGAGAACAUGAAAAAUACCAAAAUGUUCAUCGCUCUUUUUGGUAGACUUUGCGUUAGCAGCGUGUUCGUCGCUGUGAUAGUUCAUUGCAGUGAACUUUUCCCAACUAUUAUGAGAAACAUAGCUAUUGGAACCAGUUCUACGUGGGCACACAUUGGUAGUACAUUAGCACCAUACCUUGUGGAUUAUUUUGUUAUUUAUGGAUGGUGGGUACCAAACUCGAUCUGUGGCUUAACAACGUUUAUCAGUGCCUUGUCUACACAGGUAUUUCCAGAAACUAAAGACUUAAAGUUAUAUGAUACUAUGGAUGACUUUUUUUCAAGAUGUAAAGCCAAUCCCAAAGAACAAAUAUCUUUUAAAAAUAGUAUAAUAUACACUCUACUUAUAAAAUUGAAUAUUGUCAAAAAGCCUACCUCUACGAUGACCACUUAAGAAAAAUGAAAAG